AUGUAUCUGCCUUCCUGGGGCCUGGCUUUGGCCUGGCUUCCCUUGGUCUUUGCUUCGGUGCCGGUGCAAAACCGCAGCUGCCAGGAAGAUGCCGCGCCCCUGUUGCAGGUGCGCAGCAAGCAGUCCGUGUUUGCUGGAGACGGCAGCGAGCAGCUCCUCCUUUUCUUGCAGACCAAUGCGACGCACUGUGCCGAGAGCCUCCCCUACUCCCAGGACGCCUCCCUCUUCUCGAAGAGUUCACACGCCGGCAUCAACCUGGGUCUGAAGGACGUUCGGCACAGGGUCUGGAUUCAAGAGCUCUUCGUCGGCGACGACCCAACUCCUGCCGUCACCCUGAAAUGGAAGUUCACGCGAAAGAAGACGUUACAGGAGCGCCUGACGACGGCAUCCCGCACGGGAGAGAACGUGAAGUGGACUCUCGAUCCUCCGUGCCCCAACAGACGAUCGACGAAGCAAGGAGUCUGGUGGUUCUCCAGCAAUGCAGGACUUGGGCGCUUCGGCUUCAACUUUUCGGGCUCGGGCCCCGAUUUCUCCGCUGACGACGGCGCCUGGGGAGCGGGCUUUGGGACCGUGGACGGAACGGGCGACAUGCCGGAGGACUUCAGCGGGCAGGCGAAUCGAUGCGCCGAUCGGGAUGACAUGACCUGUGGCUUUAUCUUCCACUGCGGCAGCUUGGUGGGCGGCGGGGCAUUUGGGAGGAGCCGAAUCUACAUGUCUGUUCCCGCGACUGACGUCUCCUUGGCCGCUGAGACCAGUUUGGCGCAAGUCGAGGAAUCGCCCUACUGGUCGGGCUGUCGAGGCGGAGCCGUUUAG